GUUUGAGGCCGGACGAUCAGUUGAGUUACACGCGGGAAACCCGUGUGAGAUGGCGCUCGGCACGCACACCAUCUAGAAUUUGUCAACAAGCGCGUCGUUUGUCGCCUUUUGUGCUCGCCGCUUCGGAUCCGAGCAAUGGAGGGGGGUAAACCGAGUCUUUCGCUCGUCUACCAGGCGGUCCAGGCCCUGCAUCACGACCCGGACCCUGCCGGGAAGGAACGAGCUUCUAUGUGGCUCGGAGAGCUCCAGAGAUCGAUGUACGCCUGGGAGAUCUCAGACCAGCUGCUGCAGCUCAAGCAGGACGUGGAGUCGUGCUACUUUGCCGCUCAGACCAUGAAGAUGAAGAUCCAGACUUCCUUCUACGAGCUUCCUCCCGAUUCGCACGGUGCUCUGCGAGACUCGCUGCUCUCUCACAUCCAGAACCUCAAAGACCUAUCACCUAUCAUCGUAACGCAGCUGGCAUUGGCCAUCGCAGACCUUGCUCUUCAGAUGGCGUCGUGGAAAGGAUGCGUGCACACGCUCAUCGAAAAGUACAACGGAGACAUCAGCUCCAUGCCCUUCCUCAUGGAGAUUCUGACCGUGCUGCCCGAAGAAGUCCACAGCCGCUCGCUUCGCAUCGGAGCCAAUCGGAGGACAGACAUCAUCGAGGACUUGGCAUAUUACUCGUCCACGGUGGUCACGCUCCUGGGGUCGUGUGUGGAGAAGACGGGCAGCGAUGAGAAGAUGCUGAUCAAGGUCUUUCGCUGUCUGGGGAGCUGGUUCAACCUGGGAGUGCUGGAUAGUAACUUCAUGGCCAGCAACCAGCUGCUCAUGAUCCUCUUCCAAGUUCUGCAGAGGGACGAGACCUCCAGCAACCUGCACGAGGCGGCCGCAGACUGUGUGUGCUCCUCCCUCUACGCCAUUGAAAACGUCGACACAAACAUGAGCUUGGCGCUGCAGCUCUUCCAGGGCGUCCUGACGCUGGAGACGGCCUAUCACAUGGCCGUGGCCCGCGAGGACCUCGACAAAGUCCUGAAUUAUUGCAGAAUCUUCACUGAGCUGUGUGAAACCUUUUUGGAGACGACGGUCAGGAGUCCGGGUAGAGGAAUGGGAGACUUGAGGACGCUGGAGCUGCUGUUGAUCUGCGCCGGACACCCGCAGUACGAGGUGGUGGAAAUCUCCUUUAACUUUUGGUACCGGCUGGGUGAAAAUCUCUACAAGAUCAACGACGUGGCCCUGAAUGGCGUUUUCCGACCCUACAUUCAGAGACUACUGCACUGUUUGGCCCGACAUUGUCAGCUGGACCCAGACCACGAAGGAAUUCCGGAGGAGACGGAUGAUUUUGGGGAGUUCCGGAUGAGAGUGUCUGACCUGGUUAAAGACGUGAUAUUUCUGGUGGGCUCUAUGGAGUGUUUCUCUCAGUUGUAUUCCACCCUCAAAGAUGGGAACCCGCCUUGGGUGGUGACCGAAGCGGUUCUCUUCAUAAUGGCCGCCAUUGCCAAAAGCGUCGACCCUGAGAACAACCCGACCCUGUUGGAGGUGUUGCAGCAGGUGGUUUUGCUGCCAGAGGCCGUUCACAUGGCGGUGCGCUACACCAGCAUCGAGCUGGUCGGCGAGAUGAGCGAGGUGGUGGACAGGAACCCCCGAUUCCUCGACCCCGUGCUCAACUAUCUGAUGAAAGGCCUGCGAGAGAAAGCUCUGGCCUCGGCCGCGGCCAAGGCCAUCCACAACAUCUGCUCCGUAUGCAGGGACCACAUGGCGCAGCACUUCCAAGGACUUCUGGACAUCGCUCGCUCGUUGGACUCCUUUGCCCUGUCCACGGAAGCCGCCGUGGGACUGCUUAAGGGUACGGCGAUGGUCCUGGGUCGUCUGCCUCUGGACAAGAUCGCCGAGUGCUUAGGGGACUUGUGCGCCGUUCAGGUGGCGGCCCUUAAAAAGCUUUUGGCCGAGGAAUCGAGCAACGGUCGAUCGGCCGAUCCCACCGUCUGCCUCGACAGACUGGCCGUCAUUUUCAGACACACCAACCCCAUCGUGGAGAACGGGCAGACGCACCCGUGUCAGAAGGUCAUCCAGGAGAUCUGGCCCGUGCUGUCGGAGACGCUCAACGCUCACCAGGCCGACAACCGAAUUGUGGAGCGAUGCUGCCGCUGCCUCCGCUUUGCCGUACGCUGUGUGGGAAAAGGUUCCGCCUCCUUGCUGCAGCCGCUGGUUACUCAGAUGGUGAGCGUCUACCGCGUCUACCCGCACUCGUGCUUCUUGUACCUGGGCAGCAUCCUGGUGGACGAGUACGGAAUGGAGGAGGGCUGUCGCCAGGGGCUGCUGGACAUGUUGCAGGCUUUGUGCAUGCCCACCUUUCAGCUGUUGGAGCAGGCCAACGGCCUUCUCAACCAUCCCGACACCGUCGACGACCUCUUCAGACUGGCGACCAGGUUUGUGCAGCGUAGUCCCAUCACGCUGCUUAGCAGCAGCAUUAUUGUGCACAUCAUCCAGUGCGCCAUCGCCGCCACCUCGCUGGACCACCGGGACGCCAACUGCAGCGUCAUGAAGUUUGUGCGAGACCUCAUCCACACCGGCGUGGCCAAUGACCACACGGACGACUUUGACUUGAGGAAGCGGCUGAUCGGUCAGGCCAUGGAGCAGCACGGCCAGCAACUGAUCACGCAACUCAUGCAUUCGUGUUGCUUCUGUCUGCCGCCGUACACCCUGCCCGACAUCGCCGAGGUCUUGUGGGAGGUCAUGGUGUUCGACCGGCCGACCUUCUGCCGCUGGUUAGAGAGCGCUCUGAAAGGCUUGCCCAAGGAGACGUCAGGAGGAGCGGUCACGGUGACCCACAAACAGCUGACCGAUUUCCACAAACAAGUCACCAGUGCUGAUGAAUGUAAACAAGUUUGUUGGGCCAUGAGAGAGUUCACGAGACUAUUCCGGUAAACGCAUGUCAAGUCUUUUUCGCUGGUUCAGAGGCGGCGGCAAGAGCUGCGGCUGCUAACGGAGGUCUGGAGGGCGGAGGCGGGAUGUGUGCGGCCGGAAGGCGGACGGGCGCAUCCCAGGGACUUAGUGAACUGACGCACCUCCAGCGGGUGGUGGGAGGGGCAGGCCGAAGAGGCGGAGUCCACCGAGUGAACAGAUGGGCGAGCGGGGCAAGAGACUGUGCCCGUCAACUGUUUUUACCAGAAACUUUGUUUUGGGGGACUUUAGUCAGGCUUGAAAUUGAAAUCCAUCCCACCCGGCGCCCACCGGAGAACUCCACGUACGUCACCACUUUUGACCGCUUGAAAGUUUGCUUUCUUUUAAUGCAAAGAGUGACAGAGUGAACUCUGGAAAAUGCCAGACGGACCCAUGCAAUCGCCUUGCUGUCGACAAUAAACGAGUGAAACCACAAAUGUUA